CCUGAGCGUACGCCAUGGCUGUGUGUGCAGCUCCACUGUCAGUAAAUUGUUGGAGCUUUAUAGUCACUGUCGCAUUGAUCAGAGAGACCUGGAGUGGAACUGUCUUGUCAUCGCCUGUCCUCAGAGACUCUGACUUUGUCAUCAUCUCCCACCACCUCCACUGGGUCCAGGGAACAUCCCAGGACAGAACUGUCCUUCCUGGACAACAACUAGUUUGUUAAACCUGUUCCAGUCUGCAGUCAAGAUGCUGCAUGUGCUUUCUGCACGUUAAAGCACCCGAGUAUCAGUGUUGUCAAUCCAGUGCAUUUUCAUCGUGUACAAUGGUGAACUGCUGUGGUCUGCUAUCUUCCCAGAAGGAACCAGUUCCUCUGAAGAGCAUUGAGGUGGAGCUGGAGGUGAAGGAUCAUGUGGCUACAGUGGUCUCCACUCUCCUCUACGAGAACAAGGAGGACAAACCACUAGAGGCUGUUUUUGUCUUUCCUCUGCCUGGAGAUGCUGCUGUCUGUCAUUUCAGUGCUAAGAUUGGACAGACUCAGAUUGUAGCUGAGGUGAAGGAGAAAAAGGAGGCUCGUGAGGAUUAUGAUGAUGCACUGAGCUCUGGUCAGCAGGCCUUCCUGUUGGAGGAGAGUGAGCAGAGUCCAGAUAUAUUCUCUAUGAGUGUAGGCCGUCUUCCUCCAGGAGAGAGCGCCUCCAUCAGGCUGGAGUACGUCACUGAGCUGGCUGUGCAGGCUGAUGAUGGACUGAGGUUCUGUCUGCCUGCUGUGCUCAACCCUCGCUACCAACCUCAAGGCAGUGAAGGAGCCAGUGUCCAGGUGACCUCUGUCCCAGCCUCUCUGGUGCCCUACAGUCUGUCUUUUUCUGCCCGACUGUCCUCUCCACGUCCAAUCUCUAAAGUAGAGUCCAGCUGUUCCUUGGAUCCUCUCCAGUACCUCAACACUGAUCAAACCCAGGCCACUAUCAAGUUGGCUGCAGGACACAAGUUUGACAGAGAUGUUGAACUGUUGAUUUAUUACAAAGACGCCCAUCAGCCCACUGCUGUGGUGGAGGCAGGACAGGCCUCUGCCAAGCCUGGAUCUCUGAUGGGUGAUCCAGUGGUGAUGCUGAGCCUGUACCCUGAGUUCCCUCAGUCUGUGAUGUCUUCAGUCGCCUCAUGUGGAGAGUUUGUGUUCUUACUGGAUCGAUCAGGGAGUAUGCAGAUGAGCAGCGCGAAUCAACAGACACGCAUUAGCAGUGCCAGGGAUACUCUGCUGCUUCUGUUGAAGAGCUUACCAAUGGGAUGCUAUUUCAACAUUUACAGUUUUGGGUCCAGCUAUGAACACAUCUUCUCUCAGAGUGUGGAGUACAACCAGAAGACCAUGGAGGAGGCUCUGAAGAAAGUUGAGGAGAUGCAGGCUAAUAUGGGAGGAACAGAGAUACUGAAGCCACUUCAACAUAUUUACAGACAGUCCUGCAUUCCCAGUCAGCCAAGACAACUGUUUGUCUUUACUGAUGGAGAGGUGGGGAACACCAAAGAAGUCAUUGAUCUGGUAAAGAAGAAUUCAGGUUCCCACAGGUGUUUCUCUUUUGGGAUUGGGGAAGGGGCCAGCUCUGCUCUUAUCAAUGGCUUGGCCAAGGAGGGAGGAGGUCACGCUCAGUUCAUCACAGGAACUGACAGGAUGCAACCAAAAGUUAUGCAGUCACUGCGAUUUGCUCUACAGCCAGCUGUGGUGGACAUCUCAGUCACAUGGGAUUUACCAAAGGGAGUGUCUGUCACUGUCCUCUCUCCACCAAUCACAGCUCUUUUCCAGGGUCAGAGGUCACUGGUUUAUGGCCAGCUCACUGGAGAGGUAGGAGCAGCUCCAUGUCAUGUUGUGUUUCUGUCAUCAGGUAUGUGAUGACAGUAAUUAACAUGAUUUCUAA